AUGAACCUGGUGCACCGCCACAGGCUACAGCUGGUUGGAUUCUUCUUGUCUCUACUGGGAUGGGUUUUAACUGGUAUCUGUAACUAUUUACCAGACUGGAAAAACCUUAAUUUAGACUUAAACGUACUGGAGCUUUGGACCAUGGGACUCUGGCAAACCUGUAUAGAGCAAGAUGUAGGAGGAACACAGUGUAAAGAUUUUGAUUCUUUCCUAGAUUUGCCUCUAGAAUUCAGGAUUUCCAGGAUAUUAGUAUCCACAUCAAACGGACUAGGAUUUGUGAGCCUUGUCAUCGCUAGCCUUGGUUUGGACUGUAUAAAUGUGGAGGAACCAGAGCAGAAGCUGAAGAAACAGCUCUUGCUGUUUGGAGUUACACUCCUGUGGACGUCUGCGGUUCUGGUCAUAGUCCCUGUGUCUUGGGUGGCCCACACGAUCAUCCAGGAGUUCUGGGAUGAAGACAUCCCAGAGAUCGUGCCCCGAUGGGAAUUAGGGGACGCACUGUUCAGUGGCUGGUUUGGUGGGGUUUUUAUAGUUCUCGGAGGAUCUCUGCUCCUCUUCACCAUCUGCUCCUCAUCUGACCAUCAGUUCCCAGAGAAGUACGCGAUGGUAGAUGUGCAAGACACCCACCAACAGCUGGAAACUGGACAGAGGAGACUUUGA